AUGGACUGGGAAACACGAACAGGUGAAGAUGGUGCACUUAAAAAACAAGUAGAAUACUUCCAGGACACAAUAGAUAAAACAAUGGAGUUAAGGGACGAAACGGAUGAACCAGAGGAGUUCAUAAGAUUGGAAGAAAGAAUAAUCGCUCUUAGGGAAGCAAGAGAUAGAACAAUCAUGCAAAAAGAAAUGGAGGAAGGUAGACAUGCACAGGAAGAAGAUAUUUCCAGAUUCCGCAAAUUUGUAAAAUGGGUAGUGGAGGAAAAGGUAGGACUCACUGGAAUAGCAGUAUCAACUGCAGGUCUCAUUACAGCCUUACUAAUCCACGUUAGGGGAGCAAUUGUAGGGGCAGCAAAGGCAACUGGCAAAAUAGCAAAAGCAUUAGCCAACUUAGCUAAAAAAGGUGCUCCAAUUCUUGUGCCAGUCCUGAACGCAGUUGCAACGGCACUAUCAUGGAGUGGCAAAGGUACUGCAUGGUUAACAUCAAAUUUAUGA